AUGGAACUUGAGAAGAUAGGAAAAACAAAUGAUGAAAUUUGCAAGAUCAGUCAAAAUCUUGUCAUGGGCAAAAAAUUAGUUGGGAAUUUUAAUUCCUUGACAGAUCACCUAGAAAUUUUGCGACAAAUGAAAUAUGAACACUUUUUUGAAUAUCAGAAAACCAUUAGAAAUUAUGAGAAGCUUUUAUACAAGAUUAAGAUAUUUGUAAAAAAGUUAUCGAGCCUACAAGGAUCUUUAUUAUUAGAUUUCAUGAAAGCUACUCGUAUAAAAGAAGAAUAUAUGAACUUAAAAAAGGAAUAUGAAACACAAGAAAGAGAAUUGAAUUCAAUAAUGUUUAACAUGUUUAAUACUACAAGAAAAGACAGAGAAAGUCAAACAGAAGAUUUUAUGAAGAUUAAUAAGAUUUUGGAAGGCAUUACGGAUGAUGAAAAUCCCAAAAUAAAACAAAUUAAAGAAAUAGUUCAGAAAUAUCUUUAUUAUGAGCCUUCCAGAAUUCAUUCAACUCUAUUGACUGAUCCUCCUUAUGAAAACAACCUAAACAGUUAUAGACGUGUAAAGAAGAUAUACAAAAAUAGUAUUGAAAUGACCCAUCAUAUGGAACCAAAGAUUGCAAAUUUUCAUCUUGCAAAAAAACUUUCAGAUGUAAAGGUUAAUAGCCAAGAUGAUAAUCUGAAAAUUUACAAUUGGGCAGCUCCUGAAAUGAUGCAAAAAUAUGUACUAUAUACGCAAGAAUGUGAAGUUUUCAGUUUUGGAAUGCUUUUAUGGGAGUUAGCCUAUCAAAAGAUUCCUUAUGAAGGAAUGGAUGAAAAGGAGAUUAUUACUCAUGUUGUUCAAGGUGGUAGAGAAGAUUUAAAACCUUCAGGUUCAAAAAUUCAAAAAGAAUUUAUAAAAAUUAUUGAAAAGGGAUGGGAGCAUAAAGCUGAAAAGAGAAUUAGUUUAGAUAUAAUCCUUUCGAAACUUUCAGAAUUAGACAGUAUGUCCACCGACCAACCAUCAAGCUUUGUAAAAGAUCAAAACUUGAUAGAAAAUUUAAGUCAUGGCUUGAUUAUUGAUAUAAAAAAAAUACAACCAUCAGAUUCCUCAGCCUUUAUCUUUGAAGACGACGAACCAAAAAUCAUUGAAUUGCAAGCUAGAAAAUUUGAAGCGAAAUUAGCGUCUUCUUCAAAAUAUAAAGAUUCCUUUUUGUUAGAAAAUCAUAUAGAUCAAUCAACUAUUGGUUCAGAAGAUCUUAAUUGGAUAGGUGGCACAAAUCCUCUAAACAACGAAUCUCUUGUAAAUGAUAUUUAUAUAGAAGUACAAAAUCCACGAAUUGAAUUGGUUUUCAAAAAAGAGUCAAUAAAACCAACCAAAAAUCUAAAAGAUAAGAUUAAAAGUGCAUUAGAUCAUCAUAAUCCCUAUCGAGAAUUAAUGAAAGUAUUUAGAGAUUAUGGACAUCUUAUACCCGAAAGAGUUAUACUUGGACACAAAUUGUAUAUAAUGUCGCAUUUAAUCGCCGAUGCAAGUGAUGAAUGGACGACUAAUAACAAGUUAGAUCCUAUAAGUGAUGAAUGGAUGACUAGUGAGGAUUUUGAAACAAAAUGUGUUGAAUUUUUUAAUCAAUGGAAAACACACAUGGAGCAACACUAUUUUGAUUCAUCAUAUUUGAUUUCAAUCGAUGGUGAUAUAGUUAUGGUAAAGAAUAUUAAAACAUGGGUAAAUAAUUGUUUAAAAGGUGGAAAUAAUUUUUUGCAAGUUAUUAGCUGGAAAGGUUUAUAUCCACUAUACGAAAUAUUUGAAAACCCUCUUCGCAAAGAAAUCAAAUUAAUUCUUGGAAAUGAUGAACAAACAAUUAAUUCUGGAAUUAAAGAAAAAGUUCUCAUGACAGGAAUAAUCCAAACUCAAAAUUCAAUAACUUAUUAUCGAGUAAACUUUUCUAAUCAUCUUGAAUCAAAUGAAUAUAAAAUUUUUGGAAAACUUAUGACACAUGAUGGUAUUCCAAAUGAUAAUUAUGUUGUUAAAUUUAAAUCUAUGAAUAUGUAUGGAUUUUCGGCUAUAAUUGAGAGUUUUAACACCGAUUGCGUGGUGAAUUUUGAAGACUUACAAAUAACUUGGAUAUUAAUCGGAAUACCAUCCGAAGUUGGUGCCUACAAUUCAGAUACACGAAAUAUUUCCAUUUUGCGUCUCAAAAGCUGCGAGUUUAAGAUUGAUCCGAAAACAAGCUUCGAUAAUUGCAACGUUCGAUUAAAAGUUCCCAAAAAUCUGGAAUUAGAUUCGUUUCUUAUUACAUCAUUUGCGCACCCUCGAUUAAAUUAUGAGCCGUGCUUUAUGGCUAAAAUUAAAAAUUAUUAUGAAGGUGAAAUCGAAGUUAAUGACGACAGCUCUAUCGAUGAAAUUUCUUCCGAAUGUUUUCAAUUAGAAUGGGCCAUUCUUUUAAAAAAUGAUAGGAAAGAAUGUGAUAAAAUUGGCUCUGAUUUAAUUAUGCCAAUAAAUCAUUUAGAGGCAAAUAAAGCUCUUGUUAAUUUGGAUUUAAGCCACAAUUAUUUUGAUACUGAGGUUAUUAAGAUCUUGGCGGAAGUUUUAGGAUCAAAUAAUAACAAACUUAAAAUCUUGAAUUUAAGUUUUAUUAAUCUUGAGUUUCGAGCAGGAAUGGUUUUAAUAGAAGCAUUAGAAAAAAAUCAAACCCUUGAAGAUUUAAACUUGAGUUCUACCAAAAUUGGAUCUAUUUCAGUAAGGUUAAUAGACCAUUUAAAUUCGCAGAGAACUUUUAGUGGCUUCAAUACUAAGGACGAUAUCAUUAAUUGUGUAACGGCAAAGCAUUUGGAAACAGCUUUAAAAAAGAACGCAACACUUACUAAUCUAAAUGUAAGUUCUAACAAUAUUAGUUCGGAAACAGGGAAAACGUUGGUAGACGCAUUAAGACGAAACCAUACUCUUAGGAAUUUGAAUUUAAGCAAAAAUAAUAUUGGACCUGAAGCAGGAGAGAUCUUAGUAGAGAUUUUAAAAACAAAUCAUACUCUUACUAGUAUAAAUUUGGAAUCAACAAGAAUCGAGUCUAACGCAAUAAAAGCUCUGGCACGAGAAUUAAAAGAUAAUAAUAUUCGUCUUAUUGAUUUAAACUGGAGUUAUAACGAUAUCAACUUCGAAGUAAUUAAAGUUUUAGUUGAGGCUUUAGAAGAAAAUACGACUCUCAAAAGCUUGGAUUUGAGCCAUAACUCAAAAGCUUUAGAAAUAAAUAAAACGCUUAUCAAAUUAGAUCUAAGCAACAAUAAUAUUAGUUUUGAAGUAGGAAUGGCUUUGGCUAAAUCCCUGAGCGUUAAUAAUUUUCUUAAAAAG